UGUUGUUGGUGGUGGUGGUAGUGAAUGGGCGGGUGACUGUGGUGGUGGUGGUGGUGGUGGUGGUGUCGCUUAAGACGGUGUGACGCAAGAACUCUCAGUAAUAAUUAAGUUCAAGUGUCUGUUAAAAUGCUGUGUUGCCUUUGUUUUCGUGGUCGUCCUCUUAAUGUCGUUCGCAAACGUCUCGAAUCUCUCUAACGUUAUUCUCUUAUUUUUAUGCUGUUCAAGAGUCUGCUGAUCUGCCGUGUUGUCUUUGUUUUGGUCUUUUUAAUGGCGCUCACAGACAUCUCGAAUCUCUCUAACGUUAUUCUCUGUAUUUAUGCUGUUAAUUUCGUGUUAUCGUAAAUAGUGAAGUGACGUUAAGCAUCCUUGUAACGGACUCCUGAGCCUCGCAUCCUCCUUAACACACACACACACACACACGACGGCAAGGAAUUGUGAUAUCAAGUUUGGUGUGUGUGUGUGUGUGUGUGUGUGUGUGUGUGUGUGUGUUUUAAGGAGGAUGGGGCUCUCGAAGGACGAGGCGGCCUCCACUGCCCUGGAGAAGGCCGCCGAGGAGCCAUGGCGAAAAGUUGACGACGUGGUACCCAAUUCUCACCAUGCACACCAAACUAAGAGCGAAAGAAGCUUAGGGGAUUCAGUAACAUACAGUAACCUCAAGACGGCGGCAGUAUUUAAAGAGUACCCCCCAAAAAAACUGAAUGAUCUAUAUAUGUAGUCACUGCCAACCUUAGCGCCGUAGCAUGAAUAUAGUUACGCCACAUAAGAGAUGUUUUAACUAUCGUCUGUAUAUAGAUUCAACUGCAAUCUGGAAGUGUUGUUAUAUUUCUGCCAUACAAAACACGACUGGAUUUUGGACCGUCUAUAUAGAGUUCCACCGCCAUUUAAGUGUUUUAAUAAUAUUCCUUUUCUUGUCAUGCGAUCCAACAUUUCAGCAGAAGUUUGUAUAGAGAAAAUAAGGAGGACGAGCAAGAGGAGGAGAAGGAGGAGGGAGAGAAAGGGGGAGAGAGAGGAGUGGGAGAGAGAGUGGAUGUGAUAACUGAAGGGAGUGAGGAGGCAAGCUGGAGUGAUGGAGUAGAGGAUGGAGGAGACAUUCUAUACAGAUGUGUGUACGGGAGACAAUGUUGCAGAGGUCGAGCUGAUCAGUUUGGUUCAAGAGCAAAUUCCUUGCUACAAGUUACGGGCGGACACCAUCACCGAGUUCUCAG